AUGGUGCCUUCAACGAUCUUGCUGGGAGUUCUGGUUUUGUCGAUUGCGUUACCAGUAGUACAAUCAUUCGACUCAUGCACUGGAUGCACGUGCUUUGAUAGAGAUGGACAAGACGUGAUAGACUGUAGCGGACGUAACUACACAACGGUUCCCGAAGGUGUAAGAAACCAAGGCAACGUAUACGAAAUCAUCCUUUCAAAAAACAAAUUAACACAUAUGAGACUGACAGAUUUUACAGGCACAACAGCCGAACUAAUUGACCUUAGUGAAAACGACAUAACGACAAUAGAUGAAAGGGCUUUUGAGAACACAAAGAAUCUGAAAGGUCUUGAUCUUCAUGGAAACGAACUUACUGAGUUGCCGCUCGCAUUAAGUCGUCUUCCUAUGAUUAAUUCACUUGACGUCAGGAACAAUCCUGAUUCUGGAUACAUCCCCAUCGCCUUAACUAACAGCAUUAUGAAGGAAAUGGGUGACACUAUCCAGACAUUCAAGUUUGGGCAUCGCGACCUUGACGAAUGGCCGGAGACUAUUAGUCACUUUCAGGACUUACAGGACUUGACCUUGGACCGCUCAAGUGAUCAGCUCAAGGUCAUACCACCCUUGGCUUUCCACUCAUUCCGGAGCACAUUAUUGGUGUUAACCAUCACGAAUACUGAACUUGUUUCCGUUCCGCUCGGUGUAAGUACCCUUCGUCGGAUUGAUGAGUUCCAUUUUGAUAAUAAUAAAAGGGUGGGUAAUGAAGGAGUCGUUGCUCAAGCGUUUGUUCGACCAGGCAACACUGGUACAUUGAAAACCCUCAGUCUCAUCAACGAUAACCUAACUAGCUUUCCACGUGCCCUCGCGUACAUUCCAAGCCUUCUUAAUUUAGACAUGAGUAACAAUCGUCUGGAAUUUAUCAGUGACCAAUCGAUUGAGAACCUACGUAUCAGCCAUUUGACGAUGCAUAAUUGCAAUCUUGACAGAAUUCCGGGUGCCUUGUUCCAUCUGACAUCACUCAACCAAUUGGACAUGUCUCACAACAACUUGGUGACGAUAGAAAACAAUGAUAUCGAAAACAUUCCUCAUGUAACCAAUCUUACCCUUGCACACAAUCCAAUUAAAUUUAUCUCGGAUACCGCAUUUGGUAGUCAUGAAACAUUAAAUGAAGUUGACAUCAGCUAUACUAACCUCAAUACUAUUCCCGAGGCCUUUAACACCACCCACGUCAACACCAUCAGUCUUGAGGGUAGCAGCAUCGAUUGUAUGUGCAGUUACGUUUGGGUGAGCACAAUCGUCAACAAUUUCGCAGGUUGUUGUGACAAUAUCAGGGAAUCUAUUGAUGAUUAUAUCACCUAUUACGUCCCACUCUGCCCUGAAUACAUUGAAAUUUUUGGAUUGCAACCUACAGCGGAACUCAGUCUUCGAAACCACUUGCCACAUGCGGAUCCUGGAUCUUACGGCAUGGAAAUCAGCGCAAACAAAACAAAACUGAUGACAAAUAAUGACCAUGGAAUCCAAACUGACAUCACUGCCAACGGAGAAAAGAUUGAAACCUUGAAGAAAUUCCAAUACCUUGGAGCAAUAGUUUCAGAUGAGGGGUCUAAGCCAGAAGUACUAGCCAGAGUUGAAAUGACAGCUGCAACACUAGGUAAGUUGAACAUCAUCUGGAAGGACAAGGCAAUCAAGAUCAGCUCAAAGAUAAGAAUCAUGCGUUCCCUUGUCCACUCAGUUUUCUUGUAUGCUUGUGAAACAUGGACCCUGACAGCAGCAUUAGAGAAGAGGAUUCAGGCCUCAGAAAUGAGAUGUUUCAGAAGACUGCUUGGCAUCUCAUACAAAGACCAUAUAACCAAUGAGGAAGUCAAAAACAGAAUAAGGACUCUGAUGAAGGUUCUCCUGAUCUUUGCCCACUGCAAGGCUCUCCUGAUUUUUGCCCACUGCAAGGUCUUGCUGAUCUUUGCCCACUGCAAGGCUCUCCUGAUCUUUUGCCAACUGCAAGGCUCUCCUGAUCUUUGCCCACUGCAAGGUCUUGCUGAUAUUUGCCCACUGCAAGGCUCUCCUGAUCUUUGCCCACUGCAAGGCUUUCCUGAUUUUUGCCCACUGCAAGGUCUUGCUGAUAUUUGCCCACUGCAAGGCUCUCCUGAUCUUUGCCCACUGCAAGGAUCUCCUGAUCUUUUGCCAACUGCUCUCCUGAUCUUUGCCCACUGCAAGGUCUUGCUGAUAUUUGCCCACUGCAAGGCUCUCCUGAUCUUUGCCCACUGCAAGGCUCUCCUGAUUUUUGCCCACUGCAAGGUCUUGCUGAUCUUUGUCCACUGCAAGGCUCUCCUGAUCUUUGCCCACUGCAAGGCUCUCCUGAUCUUUGCCCACUGCAAGGCUCUCCUGAUUUUUGCCCACUGCAAGGUCUUGCUGAUCUUUGCCCACUGCAAGGCUCUCCUGAUCUUUUGCCAACUGCAAGGCUCUCCUGAUCUUUGCCCACUGCAAGGUCUUGCUGAUAUUUACCCACUGCAGGGCUCUCAUGAUCUUUGCCCAUUGCAAGGCUCUCCUGAUAUUUGCCCACUGCAUGGCUCUCCUGAUCUUUGCCCACUGCAAGGCUCUCCUGAUCUUUGCCCACUGCAAGGAUCUCCCGAUCUUUGCCCACUGCAGGGCUCUCCUGAUCUUUGCCCACUGCAAGGCUCUCCUGAUCUUUUGCCAACUGCAAGGGCUCUGCUGAAGGUUCUCCUGAUCUUUGCCCAUUGCAAGGCUCUCCUGAUAUUUGCCCACUGCAAGGAUCUCCCAAUCUUUGCCCAUUGCAAGGCUCUCCUGAUAUUUGCCCACUGCAAGGCUUUCCUGAUUUUUGCCCACUGCAAGGUCUUGCUGAUAUUUGCCCACUGCAAGGCUCUCCUGAUCUUUGCCCACUGCAAGGCUCUCCUGAUCUUUUGCCAACUGCAAGGCUCUCCUGAUCUUUGCCCACUGCAAGGUCUUGCUGAUAUUUGCCCACUGCAAGGCUCUCCUGAUCUUUGCCCAUUGCAAGGUUCUCCUGAUCUUUGCCCACUGCAAGGCUCUCCUGAUCUUUGCCCAACUGCAAGGGCGCUCAGUAUUGUUCUCCUGAUCUUUGCCCACUGCAAGGCUCUCCUGAUCUUUGCCCACUGCAAGGAUCUCCUGAUCUUUGCCAACUGCAAGGUCUUGCUGAUCUUUGCCCACUGCAAGGCUCUCCUGAUAUUUGCCCACUGCAGGGCUCUCCUGAUCUUUGCCCACUGCAAGGCUCUCCUGAUCUUUGCCCACUGGAAGGAUCUGCUGAUCUUUGCCCACUGCAAGGAUCUCCUGAUCUUUGCCAACUGCAAGGUCUUGCUGAUCUUUGCCCACUGCAAGGCUCUCCUGAUAUUUGCCCACUGCAGGGCUCUCCUGAUCUUUGCCCACUGCAAGGUCUUGUUGAUCUUUGCCCACUGCAAGGCUCUGCUGAUCUUUGCCCACUGUAAGGCUCUCCUGAUCUUUGCCCACUGCAAUGCUCUGCUGAUCUUUGCCCACUGUAAGGCUCUGCUGAUCUUUGCCCACUGCAGGGCUCUGCUGAAGGCUCUCCUGAUCUUUGCCCACUGCAAGGCUCUCCUGAUCUUUGCCCACUGCAAUGCUCUGCUGAUCUUUGCCCACUGCAGGUCUCCUGAUCUUUGCCCACUGCAAUGCUCUGCUGAUCUUUGCCCACUGCAGGGCUCUGCUGAAGGUUCUCCUGAUCUUUGCCCAUUGCAAGGCUCUCCUGAUAUUUGCCCACUGCAAGGAUCUCCUGAUCUUUGCCCAUUGCAAGGCUCUCCUGAUAUUUGCCCACUGCAGGCUCUCCUGAGCUUUGCCCACUGCAAGGCUCUUCUGAUCUUUGCCCACUGCAAGGCUCUUCUGAUCUUUGCCCACUGUAAGGCUCUGCUGAUCUUUGCCCACUGCAAGGCUCUGCUGAUCUUUGCCCACUGUAAGGCUCUCCUGAUCUUUGCCCACUGCAAUGCUCUGCUGAUCUUUGCCCACUGCAGGGCUCUGCUGAAGGUUCUCCUGAUCUUUGCCCAUUGCAAGGCUCUCCUGAUAUUUGCCCACUGCAAGGAUCUCCUGAUCUUUGCCCAUUGCAAGGCUCUCCUGAUAUUUACCCACUGCAAGGCUCUCCUGAGCUUUGCCCACUGCAAGGCUCUUCUGAUCUUUGCCCACUGCAAGGCUCUUCUGAUCUUUGCCCACUGCAGGGCUCUGCUGAAGGCUCUCCUGAUCUUUGCCCACUGCAAUGCUCUGCUGAUCUUUGCCCACUGCAGGGCUCUGCUGAAGGUUCUCCUGAUCUUUGCCCAUUGCAAGGCUCUCCUGAUAUUUACCCACUGCAAGGCUCUCCUGAGCUUUGCCCACUGCAAGGCUCUUCUGAUCUUUGCCCACUGCAAGGCUCUUCUGAUCUUUGCCCACUGUAAGGCUCUGCUGAUCUUUGCCCACUGCAAGGCUCUGCUGAUCUUUGCCCACUGUAAGGCUCUCCUGAUCUUUGCCCACUGCAAUGCUCUGCUGAUCUUUGCCCACUGCAGGGCUCUGCUGAAGGUUCUCCUGAUAUUUGCCCAUUGCAAGGCUCUCCUGAUAUUUGCCCACUGCAAGGAUCUCCUGAUCUUUGCCCAUUGCAAGGCUCUCCUGAUAUUUACCCACUGCAAGGCUCUCCUGAGCUUUGCCCACUGCAAGGCUCUUCUGAUCUUUGCCAACUGCAAGGUCUUGCUGAUCUUUGCCCACUGCAAGGCUCUCCUGAUAUUUGCCCACUGCAGGGCUCUCCUGAUCUUUGCCCACUGCAAGGCUCUCCUGAUCUUUGCCCACUGCAAGGUCUUGUUGAUCUUUGCCCACUGCAAGGUCUUGUUGAUCUUUGCCCACUGCAAGGCUCUGCUGAUCUUUGCCCACUGUAAGGCUCUCCUGAUCUUUGCCCACUGCAAUGCUCUGCUGAUCUUUGCCCACUGCAGGGCUCUGCUGAAGGUUCUCCUGAUCUUUGCCCAUUGCAAGGCUCUCCUGAUAUUUGCCCACUGCAAGGAUCUCCUGAUCUUUGCCCAUUGCAAGGCUCUCCUGAUAUUUACCCACUGCAAGGCUCUCCUGAGCUUUGCCCACUGCAAGGCUCUUCUGAUCUUUGCCCACUGCAAGGCUCUUCUGAUCUUUGCCCACUGUAAGGCUCUGCUGAUCUUUGCCCACUGCAGGGCUCUGCUGAAGGCUCUCCUGAUCUUUGCCCACUGCAAGGCUCUCCUGAUCUUUGCCCACUGCAAGGAUCUCCUGAUCUUUGCCAACUGCAAGGUUGCGAUGUUGACGCUGUGCCUGUUGCUGAUUCUGUGUUUAGGAUCAGCUCUAGGCACUCCUUGUUGCUCGGAUAUUUGCGAUUGCGAGGACAAUGUGGUUACUUGUGAAUCCAAGUCCCUAGUUGAUGUACCGAUUUGUGCACCGCAUGAGGUCCUACACUACACAGAAAUGCGACUCGCUAAAAACGGCAUCACAAACCCAACGUUCGCCCGUGUUCCGGACUCUAUAAAAAUCCUAGACCUUUCCAAUAAUAGGAUCACCGUAAUAAGUAUCGACAAACGAAGGCCAGAGAUGGAAUCCCUUGACCUAAGUGGGAACGGGCUUACUGUUGUACCAACGCUGAGUCUACUUCCUGCUCUACACAAUCUAAAUGUGGUAUCGAACCCUAUCCCGUCUUCCAGCACUGGAUUUCCAGUAAGUAUCUUCCGACAACUCGGAACCAAUCUCACAUCCCUUCAUGUCGGACAUCCAACGACAUUCAAGUCGUUUCCCGACACUAUAAGCAGCCAUCUUCCCAAGCUCGAGACUUUUGAAAUCAAUGGUGCCGAUUAUGGUUUCAGCAAUUUGGGGCCAAAUGCAUUUUCAGCGUUUGAGUUGGUCCUCAAACACCUAUACAUUCGGAACACACAUCUCAGUUCCGUCCCCCUGACGCUAAGACGCCUUCGUAACUUAGAAGAACUUUACUUCGAGGGGAACCCUGUGUCCGAUUACGGAUUGCUAUCCGAAGCUUUCAGUGGCUUGAAUAGUUUGACCCUACUGUCACUGAAAAAUGACAGUUUGACAUCAUUCCCCGCUAUCGUCAACAAUCUUAAAGACAGACUUCAAACGCUUAUUCUAGAUGACAACAAACUGUUAUAUAUACGCGAAAACGCUCUGAACAUGGUAAAUGAAAGCAACAUUGAAACCCUAUCUCUCCGUGGCUGCCAUCUCGACAGAGUUCCGGGAGCUAUGGCAGACGAUAGUGGAACCUACCUUCAGAAUAUCAGAGUACUCGAUUUGUCGAACAACAAGAUUCAAAGCAUUGAUCGGAAUGACCUGCACGAUUUACGAAAUCUGCAAAAUGUGUCCUUCAGCGAAAACCCUCUUGCUUAUGUGUCGACAUUGGCGUUCCGAAACCUCCCUAGUUUGGCCUUUAUUGAUUUUAGUAAUACCAGCCUCAAAGUGAUUCCAAUGGCGGUGACCAAUGUGGGGAGACGAGGACUCGAUAUCAACCUAAAGAACACAGAUGUGGAAUGUAUCUGUGAAUUAGCUUGCUUCCAAAAGUACUACAAAGAUCAUUCAUUCCAUGUCCACGGCGAUUGCGAGACAGUCAGUGUUGAACUGACCGAAUAUCUCGAGACCACCAUACCAGCAUGUCCUAAUUAUCAUACAACUGGGUAUCCAAACUAUUUUGCCAUGAAGGUACUUCUAUACUUAUUGGUGGUUACGUGCUUUUCUACAUCUGUAGAGGGCGCUGUGGAUAUCUGCCCUCCAAAUGACGACUCUAUGUAUCCAUCCGCCAAAUGUUCCUGUGUAAAAGGCGACCUUCUUUGCCAAAAUCUGACAAUCUGGCCCCAGCUACCAUCACCACUAGAACUGAAUGUUCUCACCAUAACAAACAGUCGUGGGCUAGUCAUCCAUAACAACACCUUCCAAGAUCUGACAGUGAAUAGGUUAACCAUUUCACAUUCUAGACUUAGAAACAGUGAUUUUGAAGAGAAUGCGUUUGGCGGUUUAACUGUUAAUGACCUUGACCUAAACAACAACCAUCUUGCGACAAUCCCAAUUGCUGUACGACAUCUCACAUAUUUAAAAGGACUGGAUGUUUCAGGGAACGGUAUUCCAGGCUUUGACGAUCCUGAACAGAUUGAAACCAUGUCGCAGAUAGGCGAUUCACUGUUACGAUUUUCAUUUGGUUCGAGAGAUGACAUUGCCAGCUGGCCAACAUCGCUGAAACAUUUCCCAAGACUUGAAGAGCUGAAUUGUACUGGCGGCGAUUUUUCUCUGAUGUCAAUUGAUUCAUUUUAUGGUUACGAGAACUCUCUAAAGAAGCUGAGCAUUAAGGACACACUACUUUACUCCGUACCUCUAGCUUUUGGUCGACUGAAGUACCUGACAGAGCUGUCACUGAAUCAGAACCAUCUAAUUGGAGAUUUCGGGAUGAAUGUUCCAAUAACUGAUAAAUUUCUCACACACCUUUCCAAGAUUUCACUUGACGACGACAAUAUAACAACGUUCCCAGAUAUCCUUGGAAAGUUCCGGAAUCUUAAAGAAAUUUCCAUGGACGGGAAUAACCUUAAAUUCGUGAGUGAAGUAUCUGCAAAAGCGAUACAAAAGAUCACACAUCUAAGUCUUCGUAAUUCAGGAAUUACGCGAAUCCCGGGUACACUUCAGUACAUCAAUUCACUAGAAUCCAUUGACCUAUCAAACAACGGUAUCCAUACUAUCGAACGUAAAGACUUGCAGGAACUCGUUAAUCUAAAAGAGCUGAAAAUGAAUGACAACCCUAUAGUAUACCUUUCCGACAACGCCUUUACGAAGUCUGCAAAUAUCGACUUGGUGGAACUGCGGAAUACUUCUCUCACUAAAAUCCCGUGUGGCGUUAAGGUCUUAAAACUCUCUAAUCAUGAUCUCACCCUUGAUUUCCGAGACAACGUGAUCGAGUGCACAUGCGCACUCCGAUGGUUAUACAACUGGCGAACUGGUGGGACAAGCGAAUUAAAUCAUAAACUAAACAUUCUUGGUGAAUGUGUUACUAUACAAAGCUCCCUGCAAGAAUACAUGGAAAACACCUUACCCGACUGUCCCGAGUUCGACAGUUGUUUCACCUCAUGA